AUGCCGGUCAUCCCCGAGUCGUCGGACUUCCCAUCUGCGCCCCAAAAUGGAGGCAAUAAGGCCGAGGAUAAGCCAGGGCAACAGCCCCAGAAAGCGACUGCAGCAGAUUUCUUGUCGAAAGGACCUCAGAUUCCAGACAAUAUGCCUCCCAAGGCUUCGAAAGAGGAGCUCGAAGCACGCGCGAAGGAACUGAACGAGUCAUCCAACUGA